GAUUGUGGGUAAUGACGAGGCGAUGUCUAACAAAAUGGCGGUCUUGCUUUCGAUCGAGAAUCACAAAGACGAGAAACAAUGAAUCGCAGAUCUCCUUAGAAUGAGGACUGCGCAUUUUGGAGUAUUUUAUUGAUAGCGCGUGUCUGCUGGUUGUGUGUUCUGCGCGUUUUGUCACGUCAUGGCGUCUGACAGCGAUUCCGAGGGGGAGUUCUAUGAUGCCCCCGAUUCGCACUGUGACAGCAGUUUUGGGACGCCAAAGGGAGACAUGAAUAUUGAGUCACCAGUUAAAGAACUCCUGCUAAAGACAGAUAGUGAAGUGAUAAAAAACAAAGACUUGGACAGACCAAGUACUCAUAUAAGUGAUGUCAUAGUCCCAACUUCAGACUCAUUAGAGAUUUCUUGUGAUACCCAAUCAACCCAAUCAGACAAUGCUGAAUCUAAUCAAGACUGUGGAGCUACAAGUGGAGGUGAAAAAAACUCUUCUUACCAAGCAGAACCAGCCCCACUGACCUCACCCCCUGCAGAUGUCCCCCCUGUUUGUCUCCCAGUUGUUAGUAAUACUAGUUUACCAAAUGAGCCUCAGAGCACUGAAGUAGUAAAAAAUACAGUAGGUGAUCCACCUCCCCCUGUUGCUCCGCCCAGGAGGAAGCGAAAGAAAAAGUCCGCUGGACAAGUUGAGGAUAAAGUUGAUGGGCCGGCAGCCUCAACACAGCAAGAUCCCUCGCAAACCGUUGCUGCAGUGUUAGCAGCACCCUCUAAGGAGUCCGAGGGUGCUUUAGGUGUGGCUGUUGCCUUAAUCUCUAACGACACAGACAAACAAACAGUGUUAGUUGCUGGUGCAAAAUGUACUGAUAAUGGAACAAUUAAAACUGCUGUGGGCUCUGUUAUCCAACCUGCUAGUUCUAUCAACAAUCCUGCAGAUCCUAGCAUUCAACUGGACUACAAAUCUCAGGAAAUGAAGGAAAUUUUAGCAAAAGCAAGCUCCACAGAGGUCAUUCCUGCCCUUACGUUAGACUCCCGCUUAAAAUCACACUCCGUUACUUCACUGGGGAGCAGUGGUAAUAAGUCAGAUAGUUUCAUGAGUUUAUCAAGUAAUGCAUCUAAUGGUCCAAUCAUGCGCAAGUCAGGUUCUUCUGCUUCUGUUGGAAGCAUCCAUUCUUUUCAACAUGGUGAGCUUGUGCGCGUCAGAUCAGCUUCAGGACGGCCACUUUCUGACAUUGAAAUUCUUGAGCAAGUGUUGGUGAAGAACCUGGAUACGGGAGAAAGUAUUCCACUUAGUCUUGCUGAGGAACGGCUUCCAAAGGGCACUAAUCCGCUUGCUUUACACAUCAUGCGACUCACCUCAGAGUACCACAGCAACUCAAAUUUGUCUACAAUUGAUGCUGAAGAUGGCAUUGAGGUUGGUCGUAAAGUCAAGAAAAAGACGAAAAAGCUGAAGAAGUUCUUAGGUAGGACAGUCAACAAGAUGAAAGUUGAGAAAAAGAUGAAGGACAUGACAAUCAAGGAGGGCAAGGAAUCUGUUCGCAGUGAAGAGAGUUCUUCUAGUGAUGAAGAUGGAGCUUCUCAGGAGACUCCUUCUGUCCCAUUCAUCAAGAUAAAGUCUGCCCAUGGCAAGGGCCCUGUGGAGUUUGAGAAACUCAAGUUGUUACAGGACCUGAGUGGGGAACAUGUGGGAGCUGUGUGGACUAUUAAGUUUUCUGUCUGUGGCAGGCUUAUGGCAACAGCUGGACAAGACCAUAUGGUGAGGGUUUGGGUGUUGAAAGAAUGCCAAGAAUCCUUCGAGGAGAUGAGGACAAAAUACUCCAAGCCUGCAGGCACAUCAUCUCAAACAAACUCUGAGGAGGAUCUAGAGAAAACACCCAAACAUGAUACAGAGGAUGCUCAAGAAGAUGGUAAAACUGAGGAUCAAGCAUCCCCAAGCAAAAAGGAGGAAGAAGAGGACACUGGUCCAUUCAUGAAAAAGCCAUUUUGUACAUACUGUGGACAUACGGGGGAUGUGCUAGACCUCUCCUGGUCUAAGAAUUAUUUCCUCUUGUCUUCUUCCAUGGACAAGACAGUAAGACUGUGGCAUAUCUCAAGAAAUGAAUGCUUAUGCUGUUUCCAGCAUAUUGAUUUUGUAACAGCAAUAGUCUUCCACCCAAGGGAUGAUAGAUAUUUUCUAAGUGGGUCAUUGGAUGGCAAGAUAAGAUUAUGGAAUAUCCCAGAUAAGAAAGUUGCACUGUGGAAUGAAGUUGAAGGCACAGGAAGCAACCUGAUCACUGCGGCUAAUUUCUGCUUGCAAGGCAGGUUUGCUGUCAUUGGCACCUACGAUGGUAGAUGCAUUUUCUAUGAAACAGAGCGUCUGAAAUACCACACUCAGUGGCAAGUUCGAUCUGGGCGUAAUAAACGAUCUCGUGGAAGAAAAAUCAGUGGAAUUGAACCAAUGCCUGGGGAAGAAAAAGUUUUGAUUACAUCGAAUGAUUCCAGGAUACGCCUUUAUGAUCUCAAAGAUAACUCUUUAUACUGCAAGUACAAGGGCUGCUCUAAUUCAAGUAGCCAAAUAAAGGCCAGCUUCAGCCAUGAUGGCCAGUACCUGAUCUGCGGCUCAGAGGACCACUUUGUGUACAUUUGGAGGACCCAGCAUGGAAUCCCAUCUUCACGUCGCGACAAAAAUGAAUUCUAUGAGAGCUUCUCAGCCCAUGACGCCGUGGUAACAGCUGCCAUAUUCGCGCCAGUGCCGUGGCUAGUAGUAGAGCCUGACCAGAGUGGGAACCCUGUGUCUUCUGAAGUCCUUGUCACAGCAGAUUGGGGUGGAGCCAUCAAGUUGUUUGUCAAUAGAUAGCAUAACAUCAAUCAUGGUCACAUAAUGGGAGUCAAAUAAUUCAAGGAUGGCUUUGUCAGUAUAAUACAUCAGCUGUAAUUAUUCAGGGCUCAUUUGACUGCAAGGUCAAAUGAUUCAGAGGUCACAUGAAUUCAAAGUCACAUGAUUAAUAGGUCACAUGACAGGUCACCUGAUCCGUGACUCACUUGACUUCGAAGCCCUAUGACCCAGAAGUCACAUGAAUGCAAACAUGGCUCACAGCUCAAAAUUAAAUAAUGGGAAAGCAUUUGCUUUAUAAUUUUGCUGCCCAUUUGAAAGGGAAAAAAGAUUAAAUGGUCAUAUGACCAGGUUGAUGACGUGUGACCAGACAACUAUGAUUAUGUGUUUUGAAUGAGGUAUGGUGAUUAGACUCGAGAAAUUUCAGAUGUUUUAGAAUCACAGAUUUGAAAGACCUACCAAUAGAGAAAAUGUUUUCUGGCUGGAUUAUUUCCUCUUGGCCAUGAGUUUAGAUAACCACAGUUUAAAUUCUACUUCAUAGAUAACCUCCAAUUUGAAAACAUAUAAAAAUUAGCUCCCUUAGAGGGGAGAGGCUAGGCAUGCUGCCUAAGAGGGGAGGUCUGCUGUUCUGUUCUGGUGCAGACUGUGUCUGUAAUUCAGCCUCUGUGAGGAAUACAGGACAGUAUACUUUUAAUAGCGGGCAGAACUGGACAAAGUUAUCCAUUGUUAUGAUAGAAUCUCACUUGCAGAUGAUAGUUGGGAUGGAUUCAGGUUGGUUCAGAGGGGGGUUAGGGUUUGGUUGAUUUUUGGGCACAUUGAUUUGGGGGGAUGCAACACAUAACAAUGGUGAGAGUCAAAAGUUGACUUUCUUUUUAUAGCAUUUCAUUACUUUAGUAGAGUGAUUUGCACCCCCCCCCAUGACCCCCCUAGACCCACCACUUGGUAGGUGGUGCUUUUACCAGACAACAUCAGUCACUAGUGUUUGUAGAGAGUACAUGGUAAUAAUUGUAUACAUUCUAUCGAUAUAACCAGCAAAAACAGUUGAAUUUUAGUUUUUUUUAACUGUCUUAAGCGUAACUACAAGAGAUCUUCUAUUCCUUCUGUAUGAUAAAGUUAAGCUUAAGUCAGUAUACACCCUAUCAAUAUCCAACAGAUACAAUUGAAUUAGGUCUUUUUUUUUGGAAACUGUCUUAGGCGAGGGCUAGAAAAUAUUUAGAUUGAUUCUUUAAUUGUAUAGUACUUUCUUUCAGUUAGAAAAUAUAACUUUGUAAGCCAUAAAUAGGAGAGAGUUACUUCUUCGAAAGAAGUGAGAGAAAGUGGAGGUCUGGAACCCCUGGCUAUGAUUUUGUGAGUGUGGAGAAAAAAAGACAAACCUUAUGCGUUCUUGAUGCCAUGAAUGUCUAAAUCAUCAAAGCCACUCUGUAAGUUCUCUUAAUGGUUUUGAAAAUAGUAUGAAUAAACUGAUAUUUGAAUAAUGCAAAA